UCAGUCAGGUCUUUCUUGCUGGUGUCCCAACUGAGUCCACCGAUGAACAUCUUCCUGCACAAAAGCAAACAGCACUCCACUGAAUAAUUGAUGCACUAACAUGGUGUUAUACACACAUUUGCUGGUGAUGCAAAAAUGGCAGCGAUUGCAGUACCAGAAAAUACUAGAGUCUUUCUUCUGGACAUUGAAGGAACCACGACGCCCAUCACGUUUGUCAAGGACAUCUUAUUCCCCUACAUCCGAGAGAAUCUGGAGGAAUAUCUGUCUGCUCAUUGGGAGGAGGAUGAAUGCAAACAAGACGUGCAUCUGCUCAAGAAACAGGCUGAAGAAGACCUGCGGCAGAAUAAAGCGUGUCACGUUCAUGCGGUGGACCAGACGGUGCACACAGACGAGGAGAAGGCCAUCCGGGAGGUGGUGGAGGGUGUCCUGUGGCAGAUGGCAGCGGACAGAAAGAGCACUGCGCUCAAACAGCUGCAGGGACACAUGUGGAGAGCUGCGUACAUGACGGGGAAAAUCAAAGGCCAGGUGUACCAGGAUGUGGUUCCAGCCAUCAGACGCUGGAGACAUCACGGUCUGAAGGUCUACAUCUACUCUUCAGGAAGUGUGGAGGCGCAGAAGCUGCUCUUCGGUUAUUCUGUCCAAGGCGAUCUCUUAGAUCUGUUUGAUGGUCACUUCGACACUAACAUUGGUGCCAAAGUAGAAAGUAAGAGCUAUGAGAACAUCGCGGAGAGGAUCGGAUGCCAACCGGAGGAAAUCAUGUUCUUAACCGACGUCACACGAGAGGCGAAGGCAGCAGAGGAUGCUGGGGUGAGCGUGAUCAUGGUAGUCAGACCUGGUAACAUGGAGUUAACCGAAGAGGAGAGGAAGCAUUAUAGGAUCAUCACCUCUUUCAGCCAGUUAGAACUGAGCGGGAACGUUUGACAGCGCAGAGCCAGGGUCACAGCAUCAGAUCAUGUGAAACCAGCCGCUACUGUCUGUUGUUAUUCUGCUGGACUCAAACGCCAAGCCUCCCAGGUGCUUGUUUUUUACACUGAAACCCAUCUAUGAAUUAUCAUACACUUACAUUCUCUGUGAAUGUUUUAUAUGCGGUGUUAAUGUGUAGCAUAUGACAUGUUCAUGUCUUUAUCCCCCACAUGUGCAGUGAUUAUAAAAUAUGAUAACCUGCCAACUAGACACAGGUUUAGUGUGAUUGUACCUCAUGUCUUAUAAACCUCAAUUUUAAA